AUGGUGUGGCCCUUCAGCUCCUCAUCCACCCCCUCCAAACCUGACCAACAAACCGUCCACAAUGCUACCGCUGAAACCGUAAAGAAAGUCGCCAACACAACCAAAGACCUUGACCCCAGCACUAAGCUCCCCGAGCCGAAGAGACUCCCCGCUGAGCUCCAAAAAAUCGUCGACAAGGCCGACAAAGAUGAAAACUUCUUUGACGAGCUCUACGAGGGAUAUGUCCCCCCAUCAACCGACUCCAACGUCCGCUACGCAGCCUACGCCUCCCGCUUCCGCACCAUCCUCCUCUCCGCCCACCGCUACGUAGCCUACACCUCCGACAUAGGCGAGUCCUUCCGCCCCGUCGCCCACCCCAACUGGGUCCGCGCAGCAUACGGCAUUUCCUGGGCAUAUAUCCUCGGGGACGUCUCCUACGAGGGCUACAAAGCCUACUGGCACAACCAACGCAUCCUCAACCCCGCCAUCGAGCUGUCCUCUCACCAAAAGAAAUUACUUGGUGUCGAGGCGACGCAUGAUGCCACCUCGCCAGCGAAGCUCACGCCAGGUGUUGUCCCGCCGUUGGAGGACUACAGAACUGUCAUGCUGCAACGGGGUAUCUUCCAGAGCUUGGCGAGUAUGGGGUUGCCGGCGUUUACGAUCCACUCCGUGGUGAGGUAUUCUGGCCGGGCGAUGAAGGAUGUCAAGAAUAAGACUGUCAGGACGUGGGGUCCGAUUGGGUUGGGUUUGGCGGUGGUGCCGUUCUUGCCGAGGAUCUUUGAUAAGCCGGUUGAGAAUGCGGUUGAGUGGGUGUUCCACAAGGGGUUUGAGGCUUAUGGGGGGGAGAAGAUGGUGGGGGAUGCGCCGUUGAUUGGGAGGGAGAGGCAGUUGAGUGAGAAGCCGUUGCCGAGUGGGAAGGAGAAGAGGGAGUAA